AUGUCAGGCCGGGAAUCACAAAGAACAACUUCCCAACCACCUGAGCCGACUGUUGCUGGUCUAUUUGUCUUGCCGGUUGAGGUUCGCUACCGGAUCUUCAAACUGGUGCUCGCUGUGCCGGACUCCCUAUAUCUUUUCCAGGAUCGAGGAAGCCCACUGGAGUCUUUCAUGCCCUACAAACCCCAUGCAUGGCUGGCGUUGCUGUAUACUUGUCGGCGAUUAUCCUACGAGGCCAGAUCGGUCUUAUACGGUGCGAAUCGCUUUACCCUCGAAGAAGUUGAGAUAGCGAAUUACCGAAGCAACAUUCUGAGAUCGUUCAUAAAAGGCAUUGGAUCUGUCAAUGCAGGCUUUUUGUCAAAUUUGCGCAUCUCCUUUCCGGCUACGGAACGAGUCCACGGCCAAGAAGGAGAAAUUCGUCUCAGGGAAGACGACUUACAGAAUUUACAGCUUCUUCAGAAUAAGUGCACUGGGCUGGGCACGCUUGAAGCCCUCAUUUAUGGCCAGAGCUGUCAAUAUCUGAUCACAGAAGAUCAAGACAAUCCCCAAUUUGCUUAUGAUCUGCUGGCGAAAAUCGACUCUGAGUUCAGAAAGAUUGCUUCUCUGGGCACCAUCAUUGUUAGAUACUGCAGUGGGUCUCCUGACUCUUCCAUCAGAGACUUCUUGGAAAGCAUGGGAUGGGUUGUCUUGGUCGGCGGACCGUAA